AUGGCUAAUGACUGGGCUGAUCGGAGCAAGCAACAGUAUAACGGCAAUGCUCUUGUGGGUACUGCUGUUGCCAUUGCUAUCCUGCAAAUAUUCUUUGUUGUGGCCAGGCUUGGUACUCGGUGUAUGCAGCGGAUGAAACUUGGCGUUGAUGACUAUCUGGUCUUGCUCUCUUUGGUUGCAGGCUUGGCAAAAUCAACCAUAUAUAUCAUAAUGCUUACAAUCGGGGGAAUGGGAUAUCACUAUGAUUUCAUAUCCAAAAUAACCGAGAAGGACCUUCUUCUAGAGAAAGGCUUCUUCGCCAUUGAAAUCCUCGACUACCCAUUCAACAUAACCCCAGCGAAAAUAGCCCUACUUAUAUUCUACGUGCGCAUCUUCAGCGUCCGCAAGUUCCAAGUGAGCGCAUAUAUAGUCGGGUUCUUAGUCCUCGGAGUCGGGCUUGCAACAUUUAUCAGGGCAUUCUUCGAAUGUCGGUACACCUCAAUCUUUGGGACCACGAGUGUCACGAAUGAGACAUGUUUUCAUGGAGUAGUGGCCUUUCGGAUCCUUUCGCCGCUAAAUUCCUUGACUGGUCUGCUGAUCCUUGUGCUCCCUAUGCCGUUUGUUUGGAAAUUGCAUGCGCCCCGAGGACAGAAGAUAGCACUGACGGGUAUUUUCCUGCUAAGUGGAAUAGGGGUUGUUGCUAGCAUUCUAAGAAUGGCUGUGUACUUCACCGACUACCCAGCAGUGGCCCAUAACCUCGACCCGACAUGGAUUCCCAUCAAAUGGGGUGUUUUGGCUGUCAUUGAGGGAGGAGUCGUUCUCAUUGCUGCCUGUCUCAUGAGUAUCUGGCCUCUAUUGACUAGACUCAUGCCGCGGCGUGUUCAGGCUACUCUUUCUCGUCAUAGUCCGCGUCACGUUCCGCGUGACUAUCACCAGUACUGGUAUCACAAAGAUCUUCCAAACAAUAAAACUCCACAGGAGAUUUCUCGUUGGAGGGAGAUUCAGGGCGGGGAGAGUUCUGGUAACUCGCCGCCUUCGCCUAGUUCGUUGGCUGACUUGGAGGAUCAACGGCUGUCGAUUCUUGCGGAUGACAGGGAGACUGAUAUUUCUACAAUUGGCGUGCGGCUCUCAUAA